UCAAAACAAAGCAGACGAGAUCAACAUUGCGCGACUAGUUCUUCCGACAAAGUUGAAGGUUUUGGCUCUGAAGAUUACCGUUUGUGUAACGAUUUUGUGCUAAAAGUGUUCCCGUGAAACGAGACAGUGUAAAAGUGUCCAAUAUCGAGCGAGCGGUGAAAAUUAAGCUCAAUUAAAUUUCUGCCAGCUCACGGCGUGUUUGCAGUCGGGGAUAAUGGAUUACGAAGAGAUCGCAGUGGCCGAGGAGCAGAACCAAGCGGAACGCAAGGAAAGCGGCAAACGAGGACGCAAACCGGGUCGGAAGGCAUCCACCGAGAAGAUCGAUAUGAAAGCCAAACUUGCAGAACGUAGCCGGCAGAGUGCUCGUGAGUGCCGUGCGCGCAAGAAGCUUCGCUAUCAGUAUUUGGAGGAGUUGGUCACUGAUCGUGAAAAGGCCGUGGUGGAGCUGCGCCACGAGCUGGAGAAACUGUACUCCUGGGCGAUGGAGGUCGAAGCCGGCCGUUGCCCGGAAGGACUGCAGGAGCUGCUCGAGGAAAUGGGUGCCAUGAAGCAGGAGUGAAGGCGCAGAAUCAAACACACCCGCACGCGGCGCGAGCACACUCGCGGUCUCCGCUAGUCCAGUGGCUUACUUCCGCUGUAAUGUUUUGUGGUUUUAGUUGUUUAAGUUGAACGUGUAGCUUCAGUUGGGUUAGAUUUUGUUCCCCGGUCAGCCGUCAGCACGCUUGUUUUGAGAAUCGGUUGAACAGCCGCAAACAACUUGUUGCGCUUUGAUGCUGCUGCUGCUACUUGCGUAAGGCAUGUUGCGCGCGUACGCGCACGUUUUCUCGGACCCACUCCGAAGGUG